AUGGUUGUCAGCCGGUCCCCGGGGGCUCACCUGGCAAAGUGCGACAUCGCAGAAGCUUUCAGGAUCGUCCCAGUACACCCGAGCGACUACCAUCUGCUGGGGUUUUCUUAUGGGGGCAAGUACUACUACGAGAAGAUGCUCAGCAUGGGAGCCGCCCCCUCCUGCCGGAUCUUCGAGUCCUUCUCCAGUGCCCUGCAAUGGAUCCUCGCCGAGAAGUACGGGGUCUGCGACGUCGUGAAGGUAUUGGACGACUUCCUCUUCGUCAGUUUCACGUUCGACGAGUGCCAGCGAAGCCUGAGGGUGUUCACUGCCCUCUGCGAGCGUCUGGGGGUCCCCUUGGCACCUCACAAAACGCAGGGCCCGUGCUCCUGCCUCACGUUCCUGGGGCUGGAGAUUGAUGCUCACAGGAUGGAAACAAGACUACCAGAGGACAAGAGAACGAAGUACACGGCAGCGGUCGAAGUCGCGAUGAGUCAGGAGCGCAUCCCUCUCCGAGAUCUGCAGGCGAUCAUCGGGAAGUUGCAAUUCGCCACCGCGGUAAUCCCGGGAGGACGGGCCUUCUUGCGUCGUCUGCACCCGCUUACGCGAGGCCCACAGCGUCCCUCGCGCCUAUGCCAUUUGGACGCGGAGGCUAAGCACGAUCUCGUCGCCUGGCGCUCCUUCCUCACUGAUUUCAAUGGAGUAACAGUUUUUCCCCCAGAUGGCGGGUGGGGAAACGCCCCAUCACUUUCAAUGUGUGCAGAUGCUUCUUCCAAGGGACGCUGCCGCCCUUGUUCCUGCGAGAAGCAGGCCUCGCCGAGACGCCGACAACAGUUCCUGCGCACCUCCUGCCCUGCAACUUCACCCUGCAACUGUGAGGACCCUAUUCAACUCCCUGCAGCCAGCGACGAGGCGUACUUACAGGGCUAA